AUGAUAAUAAUGUCACAUAAUUUAAACGAAUGGAACGGCGCGGCCGGAACAUCAAGCACAGAGGCGCUCGGAAUUGACAGAAACAAGAAUCUUCGAGAUAGUGAAGAUGCUGACCAACUCAAAAAAGACUUCUACAUCCGAAAAACUCGGCAAAACACCUGUCUCGUGGCUGCUGUGUUGAUUACCGUCCUUUCAGCCAUCGCUUGUCUUAUCUUAGUCAUCUUUCUUGUCAGAGAAGUAAAAAAGAAUCAUCGGUCGAACAUGGAGCCGACUAAAGCGCCUGGAGGCUCUAUGAGUCUAGAUCAACAUUGUUACACCUCGGACUGCUUGCAGGUUGCUGCUUCCUUGAAACGGAACAUGAACUCGUCUGUUGAUCCCUGUGAAAACUUUUAUGAACAUUCUUGUGCUUCUUGGAUCAGACUCAAUCCGAUUCCUCCUUCAAAAAUUUUGUAUGAUACUUUCAUUCAAGCUGAUGACGAGAACGCGAGGAAGCUUCGUGAAUUUAUGGAAGAAGUGGAUGAGCUUCCGGAACAAAGUGCUGUUAAGAAGACUAAACGUUACUUUCACUCCUGCGUUGAUGAGGAAGCAGUGGAACAGGCAACAAACACCAGUCUGGCACCACACAUAUCCAAAUAUGGCUCUUGGCCCUUGGAUAAGAAAACGUGGAACGCCUCGCAGUGGGAAUGGUCUAAGGUUUUGCAAACAAUGAUCAGAGAUCUUACAGACACACCCCUCUUCAGCGUAGAAAUUGACAUCGAUCCUCAAAAUUCUUCUCAGCAUAUGAUAUUGGUAAGUGAUUUUCAUAACAGUAAAGAAAUUACAUCUGAACUUGGCCUGAUAAAUAUUGUACUACUUCUUUAGAGUUUUUUUUUUUUCAAUUACAGAAAGUGAUAGAACCUAUGAUAACCUUAAAGGCUUACAAUGGCUUAAAGUAAGAACUUAAGGGUACCAGUUUACUCUAAACAUAAAAAAAUGUGACCUUUUCCUGAUAAAGUUUAGUAAUCUCUUGUUUCUAAGAGACUCUAGACGACCGCGCAAAAUAGCAAACAUAUUUGAACGAAAAAGAUUUGAGCGACAUUUUAAGGAGUACAGUUGAACCUUGAUUAUCGGUACUCGUUGAGACUGGACGAAAUAGUCAGGAUAAUCAAGAAUAUGAAUAUUAAUGAGAUACAAAAACUGAUUAAAUGAAGAAAGUGACAUUUAAUCGUGAAACGAAACAUUUACAAAUCGUUCUGAAAAAAAUGUGGUCUACAUCUACACUGUUGUGAAUACCUCCACAAGUGUGUAUUAACAAUUAAAAAAAUGUUUUUACAUAGGCCUAAAAUGUCGAAGUAAGUCAGUUUGUCUUAAAGAAGAACAUCGCGUGCGCAUUGAGAGUUCCAUCAUUUUUCGAAGCUACACAAUCUGGAUAGCGUCAACAUUGUUCUGUCUUUCCAUCCAUAAUAAACACUUUUUAAAGCAUUCAACAGCUUCAGAGUUCGAAACAAUUUUCUCAUCUUGGCCUUCAUCUUCCUAAUCGCCGCUGCUUUCAUCUUCCAAAGAAGACUGUCUAACAACGCUCUCUAAAAUUUGCUCAUCUGACAACUGCUGCGAUGUUAAGAGUUCAUUUUCACUUAGCAACAAAGCAGCUCUAAGCCAACUAGACCUCAAUCGAAUGUUCUUUAUUAGUUACAACGCGUGCGAGCGCUGCUUUUGCUUUUUGAAAGCGAGACAAACUCCGGGUAAUUGAGAAAUCCGGAUAAUCGAGGUCCGGAUAAUCGAGGUUGGGCUGUACUUCUGCUUCAGUUGCAAAGCUUGGUUUGAAACUCAAAAUGUCAAGAAACAUCCCUGAAUCAAUUCUACAAAGCGAGUGAUGUUGGCUGCUGGUGACAUUUGUACUGUUGUGAUCAUUGUCAGUUAUUAUUCAAUGCUGUUACAGCUUCAGUUUCUCUUUCUCCUUUUCUUUCCUGUCUCUAGCACUACUGCUGCUGUUACUUACGUAACCAAUUGAAAUAAAGAUACAUAAUUCCACAGAUUAAUAACAAAGCAAGUCCUUGCAACAUUUCAAACCAUACGUGUUAGAUGUUAUGCUUGGAUCUCUAAAAUAUAAUCAAUGAUUUGAAAUCAUUAGAGAGAACUUCCGACUUCAUCGGAACGUUUUGUUUAUCAAUUUACGUGCUGUGCUUUGCCAGGCAUUUAUAAGCUUUGCUUGUGGGAAAUUUGACUUAUAGAUGUGAAAUUACAAAAACUUGAAGACGUCGAAAUCUUAUGAAUAUCAAAAAAAUUGUGUAAGGCUGUGUUUGAUUGAGGAAAAGAAGCCAAAAACUUUAACUAAAAUAUUCCUUUUCCGGUGAGUAACAGCUUGGCGGGUGAAAGUUUAAAACACUGAAAUAAUUACUCGAAUACGAUUUUUGAGUUUAUUUGUAUCUAUUUAGAUUGUAAAACGUGUUGUGUUUUCAUCAAAUUUUGGCUUAAAAGGUCAGUGAAAUAACCAGCUCGGUAAAUGCUUGAAAGAAGAGGAAUUAAUUCAAUUGGAAUUCAAGUAGAUCGAAGUUGUGAAUUUACCUAAAGUUAUAAGCCAUAAUCCAUAAUCCAGGUUAGAAUUUUGUACCCAACAACUAUUAAAUUAGAUUAUACGUUUGAUUUAUUGAACAGCUUAUCGUAUCCACCCAUUAAUAUAGCUAUAUACAAGAAACUUAUUUCAGCCCUUAAAACGCAAAUAUAACAGUAAUUUUUGUUGUAAAAAUCGAGACGAACCUCUUCUGUAAUGGAUUAAACGAAAUGACUGCGUCUGUACCCAGUAUUCAUCGACUGUUUUCCUUGCCUUGGUUCUUAUCUUUGAGAGAGUAAUUUCUCGGACUUAUCGGUAAUUAAAUCCCAGUUUUGAUCGAGAAGCCAAAGAAGAACAUAUGCACUUAUCUACGGAUGUGGUUUGCUGCCCGGAGUCACUCUGUGGUAAAAACAUGGCCUUCCGCUUCGUUCUAAUAUUCAUUAUCAUUUUUUAACUAAUCUUCAUUUUAGUUUAUGAUAAAUAAAAAAAAAAAAAAGCUAGAAACUACAGAUUUUGGAAAUUUGUCAAGCCUUUUCCUUUCAUUAAGAUUGUCAAAUCAUUGUGUAAGAUAUUUAUAGGUCAAUUUGAGUUAAACCGAAAUCCGUGCGCAUAUAGAUCAUUCACCGGCAAUGUUUUUAACCUUCAAAUGCACAGCCCAUUCAACUUUUAAUAAGCAGAAAACAAAUUAAAUUUCUUAUCUUGACACUAGAGGAAGCAUCUUUGUGCCAGAGUAAACGUAAAAUCAUUUCAACCGGGCAACAGAUUUAUUUGGUACUCAAAAAGUGCGUCAUGCACCAUUCUGUUGUUAUUCCUUUCGUAGAUAUCAAAGUUAAUCAAUUAAUAAUAUUUUAUCCAAUCUUUAAGGGACUAAAGCAUCGACCAAAUUCACUCACCCAAUAGCAUCUCAGGAGAUGACGAGCAGCAAAGCUUUUAAAGGGGGAACUGAAAUGAACUUUUCAUUGGUGAUUCGUUAGAAGAGCAAAGUCCGACUUAACUUCGCUUACGCUGAAAUAGGUCAGAAAAAAAAAUCAAUCAACAUCCGGUGUAGCACCCUUUGCACAUGGUAGUGCUGUAACCUAUUUCGUUGAUCACAUGUCGACCACGUGACUAUUGCGUUUUCUCAACUGCGUUGAUAACGAAAAUUGACCACCGUAAAGAGUUUCAAAGCUGACGUUUGGAGCGUCAGCCCUUUGUCAUUUGCUACGAAAUACCCGUCAGCGACGCAGCGCCACAGUUUCUAUGGAAACUUGCCCCCUUCAUUUACGUGAUUAUUAACUAACACCUUUUUCCUUCAUCACUGUCUUUCCAUUAAAUGUAGGGGAGCAGUGGGUGAAGUACUUCGAUCUUCGAUUCGGUGAUGCAUGAUUCGUUAGAAUCUACUCGACUAAACUGGCGAAUGAUUGUUACUUUGAAAUUUUUUGUCUAUUUUUUGGAGAAUACAUGACACAGCAAAUAUAACACUGUACGUAUUUAAAAAAUCUCGCUACCCGGCUGGGGUUUUCGUUAAACACCUGAAUGAUCGGAAAAUUUGGAAAACCCUCAGUUUCUUUUUCUUCUUUAGAACAUGUCUGGCAUAUAUCUAGGCCCAAUUUCGUAGACAGGAAAUAAACCUUUUUUUCAGAAGUGACAGAAGUGUAACACUCGUCCACUUACCAAAAAACUGCAUUCGAUCGGUUUAGUACAGAGUGAUUUUUUUGUAUCUACAGAAACACGUCAAUCUUAGGGCUUCUGAGAGCUGGCUCUUUGAAACGGCUUUACCUCAUAGAUCUACGCUUUAUGGUGGAAUAGUGCGGAAGGACAAAGGAGAAGCUGUAAAAGGCAAAUUUCGGUCUAUCGACUCGAAAGGAUUCAGCAAAUUAUCAUCUCAUUUGUUUAAUUAAAACCGGCAACACAUAAAAUGAGCCAUAUCUGCCCUGAAUUUACCAUCUUUUGAAAUAUUGAAUCUUAAUUAUUACAAGUUACUCCACGAACCCAAAUUGGUGCUCGUCAUCCGAUAGAUCCCAGUUAAAAUAAGUGUUGACGGGUAUCAAUCAAUCAAGCAAUCAAUUUUUUACCUCUCCAGGAAGUGCUUUGAAGCAUAAUUAUGCUCGACAAAACAAGACGCUCGUAUAAAAAAAAAAAUUACAAAUUUAAAAACUAAAAGUAUGCAAGAUACGUAAUGGAUUAAAAGAUGAAUAAGUAAGUGAACGAAUCUUUGAAGAAUAAUUACACAUUUUAUCAGGCAUUGGUAAGUAAAUGAAUUUAAAUAGUCUGGCAGUAAAUGAAAGUUUAACAGUAAGUAAAAGCGGAAGCUUGAACCUCAAAGGUCCGUCGCACCCGGAGGGUGGAGAACUGACACUUGAACUCAAAAAAGCAGCAUUUGCGGAGUUGGGCCUACAGGGGCGCCGCGACAUCUGUACCAAAGACGAAAAGAAGGCAAGUAGGCGGAGCUCCUGCUAUGCAACAGGGUCGUCAUGGCCUAUAAAACAGUACUGAAAAAAAUUUCUAGGCCAUGACGCGUACGGACCGAGCGCAGCGAGGUCCAAGCCUUAUUUCUGAAAGCCAGAUAUUUUUCUGUCUGGCUCGACCUUACUUAGUCAAUAACCAUUCUAUCAUAGGACCGUCGAUUUUUUUCUUCUUCCCACUGAUCUUCUUUCAGCUUGCUUCCCGUGAAGGGCCCACAAAGUUGUGUAAGCCCCCCUAUGUUGGAAACAACUCUGAAAGUUGUCAUAUGACAGUUUAACACAUGUCUAAACAAAGCAACCUCUUUUCCGAUGGAUGGACAUCUCAAUAACUUCGGUCAAAAGUCUUCCGCCGGAAGAAAUGAAAGGGUCAAUUUUUUAUUUUCAACUUAAUUAUUUCCGAGCCUCGGAAAAUAGCCACUCAGAGUGUGGUGAGUAAUGCUUGACUCAUGAGGAAUACCCUCGGAGCCUCAUGCUUGGUACAUAGUGCAAAACUUCGGCGUCCAAUCAGAAAGACGUAAUCCGGCAAAGUGGAGAGUUUCUGUGAUGCUCGUGCAAAUCAUAGACUGUUGGAAAGUGUCAGUUUGUAAUGCAGUGGUGGUAUAAUUUCUGUUGGAUAGAUAGUAGAAGAACUGUUUUUUUUUUCGUCAUGACCCCUGCCCGAAAGUCACGAAAUUUGCUCACACCCGGUCCUCUCUCAGGGUGACUGACAGUCAAUUGUGAACUCAAAUUCUUGAAAAGUCUCCUCAAGUGGUACUUCGUUCAAAAGGACGACAACACGUCAGUGGUAACGAGGUUAACUGGAGUUUUAUUAGCUUUGAUAUAAGCAUGUAUUUAGUAGUAGAUCAUUACAGCAUAGAACUUGGAGCGGUAUAACCCAUACAUUUAGUUUAAAUUACAGACGGAUUGCGAUGGCUUCCUGCUCAAAUCUGAUAUGCCGAAGAGAGACAUCAAUUCUGAAUUCAAAGAACCCGGAUUGAUGUGAAACCUCUUUACACGUCUUUUGUUAACAAGCAGACCUCUGUAAUUAAAAAGAAAUCUCUACUCCGUCUAAACAUACCUAAUUAUUGUCUCCGCUAAAAAUUCAUAUACUGGUUUUUGCGGCUAUAACUGACUCACAGCUGUUUUGUUUAUUUCAUCUUCUCAUUUUCAUCACUCAUCAUUCUGGUGAAAUGAGUCUAGACGGCCCUUUUAUCUGACAAUUAGAGUGCCCUUAAUGCAAUUAUGUUGACUGACUUAUCAUAACAGUGCUCAGGUGGGUGGAGUCAAGUUUUGCGUUAGGCAAAUAGUCAUAUGAUGCAAUCUUGGCUUACGUUGUUCUUUAAUUCUUUUUUGUUUUGCCUUGUUUGGUUUGUUUUUUCUCGUGUUUUAUCUUCAUUUGUGAACAUGUUUAAAUUUCCGUGGAUUGAUGUUUGGAGGUUGAUCUUACAGCGGAUGUAGUUCGAAACUUCAGAUUAUCAUUAAACUUCAGGCCGUGAUUAUGUUUGGGAAAUCGCGUAGUUUAGUACACUAUAUCUAACUGUGCACCUUGCAUUGAUCUUCUUGCAACGCUGGGUGGCGACCAAAAGAGAUAAAAGUCAAAGAUAACAAAAUGUAUGUCACUGCGAGCAUAAGAAAGAGUGAAAGGAAAAAUUAACCCUUUGUCAGGCAGUACGCCUCAUAAAAGGUUCCGAAAGGUUUCUAAGGAAAUCUCGAAACAAAAGAAUGUUUAGUGUAAACAUCGCACUUAAACAAGCUUAUCUUAUGUCACAAUCUGACGUCAGCUCAUUACGGAAUUCCAUGUCAAUACUGUCAUAAAAUAAAACACAUACAAAACGUUUGGAUGUUAAGUAAGCACUCUAGUGUUGCUACCACAGGAGGCAACGUAACAAGGACCUGGAGUUAAGAUGGAUUCAAAUGGAUCAAAAGUUGAUACAGAGCCGGGUUUUACUUCAAGCACCAUGAGCUUGGGUGUCCACUCUCAAUCAAGUCGUUCUCUCUUUUACUCUAAAGGGAGGAAGAAAGUGAUCAUGGGUUUGAUUUUCGCUUGUGUAACAUUGCUUCUCAUCUGCAUUGCUCUCACUGUGUACCUUGUUGUGGUUGCUUCUCGUGACCAUGAGAAAGAUAUAGCGGGUAAAGCAGAUGGGAAGAAUGGAAAAAUGCAAAAGCAAUGCGCUUCGGAUGCAUGUUUGGCAGUGGCAUCUGCAUUGAAGAGGAACAUGAACGAGUCUGUCGACCCUUGUAAGGACUUCUUCCACUAUUCCUGCGACGGUUGGAUAAAGCACAACCCCAUCCCGCCAUCUCUCAACUGGUUCUCCACUUUUGGAAAAUUGGCCAAGCUUAACAGCGAAAAAGUGUUGCUACUUCUGCUACAAAAUGAUGAGCUACCCAAAGAACACGCUGUUUGGAAAACUAGAAACUAUUUCAAGUCAUGCAUGGCUGAGGAAGAAAUCGAAAAAACUGCCUUAAACGAAGUAAAAAGCCUCAUCACCGGACUCGGUUCGUGGCCUCUUAGUGAUGCUUCUUGGAACGAGUCAACAUGGAAUCCUAUCAAACUUUUAGCGGAGUUUCAAAGGGAUUUUUCGUCCGGGUCACCUAUGUUUGUACUAGGCUUGAAUGUAAACCCUUUCAACUCUUCGAAACACAUAUUACAGGUAUUACAUUACUAGGACAAUUAUUGUCUUUUAGAGCUCAUCAAAUGAUUAUGGCCAUUACCAAUUUCAAUGCCACGCUUUAAAUUGUAAUCAUAAAACCAUUUGCUUACUAUUGUUUGUUUUCUCAAACGGGUGGCAGACCCUCAAGUUGUGUAAGGUGCCUAAGAGAGAACCUUUCGUGGUUUUUUUUUCCAACGCGUUAAUCAAAGGAUACCGAGCGUCGGUAAAUCAAGUAAUACAUCACUGACAUAUUUCGAUGCACACUUAAGGCUAUCGUUAAUGUACAGGUAUCAUACGACCCCCCCGAAAGGGUUAUCGGUAACAGCUAUACAAACGGCAAAGGGUCAUGGUAGCGCUAACAUUGACCAUUGAAUAAUUUAUAAUGAUUACAUUUCGACGACAAAAGCUUGCAAUUGAAAAAGGCCAAGAUGCCUAAUAAGAUUCACAACAUAUCGUAUUGUGUUGACUGAAACAGGUCAAUUUAAUGCAACGAAUCACUGGGCUGUCGAUCACCUCUUAGUAAGUUCAUUAUCCCCAGGGAUUUUGUUUAUGCUGUUUAAGCUUUUUCGAAGUCUAAUUUUGGUAUUUUUAGGUCUUACCGCCUAAGUCUUUAUUGAGGACGUUUCCCGUUGUUAAGCUGGACAUAAAUAUUGACAGACCUCUGUAAACGAGCCGUGCAAAGCGGAAAAAAAAAAUGAAAAAAGAAAAAAAAAGGUUUCCAUACAUUGCUUUCUCUCUCGGGCUUUGAGAGUUUCUCAUUUCGAUGUGCUUGUUUACUGUAAGGUAAUAAAUAUAUUUCCGGGGUGAAGGGAAUUACAAAAUAGUGGCUUUUUUGCAUUUGGAACGUUUGGUGACAUGGCGAGGUAUGCUCCAAACCAAAGAAAGACAAAAGAGUCAAGAAUAGGUAUCAUGAACGGAACACUGUAGCCUUUUACAGCGAUAAUCAUUUAAGCUUCUUGGAUUACAACUGGCUAAAUUUAUCAAAAUUGUAUGCUUUUUUGCAGAUAAUGCCUCCUUCUUUAAGUCUGAUUCGUGAGAAGUACCUAGCCCCGGAGAACAAGGUAUUCUCUAUUAAUCACUAAAAGUUUUCUACUCGAUCAUACAGUCACACCAAGUUGUCGGAAAAACGCUGAGACAGUACUUACUAAGAUAAGCAGAUUACGUCUCCUGAUGGUGCGGUCCGACCAUUAUUUUAGAGCUUAAACAGUCACAACGGCAAAGCCGAAAAAACCUGCGAGCUUAAGCCAUUAUGAAGGCAAAGCGUGGGGAAACUGAGAAAAAUUGUUUUCUAUUCUUCCAUCGAGAGAGGUCUCUUAGCAAGGUGGGAAGAUAUCGUUUAACAAAUUGAAAAAUAGGAAAUUUUUCAUAAGGGUUUCCGUUCUGAAAAUGUGCAAACUGAGUUAAUUCAUCAGUGUCACUUUGUAAACGACGGCUAAGAAAUACCAGAGUAUAAAAGCUUUUAGGGUAAAAGCUUUCACUCGCACAAAUCACCCGAUACAUUGCUAAAGACAAAGGUAAUAAGAGGACGUGGAAAAUAUCAACCAGAGGAUAUUGUGUGAAUUGACACCAACUUUAGGGCCAAAAGUACGUAAAAAUUUAAGGCAGACAGUAAGAAGAACUUAUAUGAGAUCUUGAAUUUCAUUAAAUUUGUUCCUUCCCCCCACGCACGAUGGUUCGCUAUGUCGUUGAAGACCAAAAGGCCGAGAUAAUACCUGUACCGACCAGUUCUGCCUUUCAAAAUGAAUUAAAGUAAUCGUUAUAUUCCAUUUUAGACACGAUUGGCUUAUCUGAAAUUCAUGACAAAAGUGGGAAAGCUUCUUGGCGGAGGAAACGACACAAGAGAUCAAAUGGCGGCGGUUAUGGAGCUAGAGACAAGGCUGGCAAACGUACGUAAACGAUAAUCUGCCAUUUUGCUUUAAAGAAAAGUUAGUGAAUCCACUUGAUUUCAUUUAUAUCGGGAAAUUAAAGUUUGUUCUUUGUCCGUCAAGGCAAAUGAAACGUUCUCACUGGAGUAUUUGACUUAGUUAUGCGGGAAAGAUAGGGGGGGGGAGGGGAGGGUGGGGAGAGACUAGGGAGAGGCGACGGAGAAGUGUUAUCGUGGAAUCGAAAUUUCCCAUCAGUUUUAUCAGGCAGGGUUCAUCUCCUUGUCUUCUAUCCAAACAGAGCCUCUCUCAACCCAGAAAUAUGGAUAGAUACUAGCGAACUGUCUGGUUACCUGAUGGUCAACCAUCUAUGUUGGCAGAACGAAAUAUCCUCACUCUUAGUUAUUUAAGGCUAUUUUUCAUGAAAGCUGCAGCUUUUUCCCCAAUGUUAUUUCAGAUCACUCCACCGAGGAGCGUUUUAAUGCGUAAUUACCAUCGCAACAUGAACAUAUCAGAACUCGAACGACAAGCACCUGGUUUCAAAGUAAGUUGUUAGAAAAGGUUUCAAUUGAUUGUCGAAAAAACAAAACCAAAAUAAUGUCAGUCGUAACAAAGGUUUACACUAUUAUUAGCCAAGCAGGGCUUAAAUUAAAAACAGUCAAACCAUCAGUAACGUCGGAAAACACGGGCGACCAAGUUGUGAUUGGUUUUCGUUUUGCGUCUGAUUGAUUGGGAGGAUGACGCGAGUUUUUAAGAUCAAUCACAGACUGAAUUUAUGCAGAAAACCAAAACAAUGUCAGAUCACUUUUCACACAGUGAAAAUUGCCCUUUUAGUUAAAGGUUCUAUGAGCAUCACAACAAACUACAAUCAAUGACAGCUGUAAUUGAGACUCUGUCGGAACUUAUGAUCGCUGAAAAUUUUAAUUUUCUGGCAAACAAUUCCCAGAAUAAGCGAAUUGCUUAGAAAAAAAUUUUUUUUUCCGAAUGCAAAUGUCUUUGCAACAGAAGUUGUUCUUCUCUCUCUGAAUUUUUUGCCACAACCAGCGAGUUAUACGACAUGAAAAAGGCUAUUUUUGCUAUGAUAGUUAAAUUUCUCAUGUGUAAAAUUAAAAGCGAUGCUUGAUUUUCUUUUAGUUCACGUGGUUAAACUACAUUAACGAUGUAUUAAAACCUUUCAACGUAUGGGUGAACAUCACUGACAACAUUCUCGUCCCAUCGCCAGAGUAUCUGAAGAGUUUGUCCUCUAUUGUUUAUGAGACAGAUAAGAGGUAAGCUGGAAUCGGUGAAACUUCUCACCUCAAUGUCAGUUAGACGUGUACUCUAAUUUCUAAUAAUAAUCUCUUUUCAGACUUAAAUUACCCCAAAAAUUAUUUCCACCGAUAGCAGUUCGAAGAUGAUCAACGUAGAUCUUUUCCUUUAAACUCAAAUACUUUAAGUUGUCAGUUCGCCAAACAUGAACAAUUUUCUUUUCAGAAUCCUGUCGAAUUACAUGAUGUGGACGCUCGUGCGCUCUUCUGUUCCAUAUCUGUCACGUGAUUUCCGAGAAGCUAAACUGGAAUAUCAAAAGGAAGUAGAGGGAAAGAAAUCGGCCACGCCUCGAUGGUUGUACUGUGUGGAAGAAAUGAAUGGCUAUUACCAUGGGCUUACUUAUGCAUUGGGUUAUAUGUAUGUUACCGACGCCUUCGACACUGAAAUCAUACCAUUUGUGAGUGAGAAACUAAACCUUUCCCUAAUUCCUGUUUAUUGGUGAUAAGAAUUGAGAUGAUAUCCAGUCGUUCCGUACCCACGAAAGGUUUGAACUCGUUCGAUUAGUACCCAUUUUAUGUCGGUUCCUACCCAACCUGAGCAAUCCCGAGGUAGCAGUUACGGCUUUGUAAGAUUUUUUUCGCUUAUUUCUGAGCACAGCUGAAAUCAAAAUGUGGUAAGAACAAAAAAGAGGUACACGAAGCGCAGCCGAGUGUGUCUCUGAUGUUCCCAUCACAAUUUCACUUCAUCUGUCAUAAUUUAUUGUAUAGACCCAUCGCCACAUGGAAUCUACUUUUUUAUAUGGUAAAAAAAGCGAAAUAUUGUUGAUGGUGAUGUCAUCUGUGGGUCUGUCCUCCAAUAGAUCAUAGGUAAGAACCAAUCAAAGCGCGUGUAUCAAUCAGCUUAUCAUAUGAUUAUUUGAAGGUACAAGAGAUGAUGUCAACUAUAAGGCAAACUUUUCGAGACGAGACAUCUCGCGACGAUUGGAUCGAUGAACAAACACGCCAAAAAAUAAUUGAAAAGGUUAGCACUUAGAUUGGUAGCUUGAUUUAGCAACCCCUUCAACUCCUAGGACUCAGCUAUUCUUCCUUUUUUUCGUUAUUCUGUUAUAAUUAUUGAUCCAUUGUCCUCAAUCGCACAAAUCCUCAGUAUGACAACUUCAGUAAAUUGACUUUUUUUUUAGACCUGCAGUACGGCCGUACAAACUUUCUCCUCGUAACAUUGUAUCCCUCCGUCCUUUUUUUUUUUCAAGUCGAGAGGAAGAUCACGAUAGAAAAAAUAUCCAAAAAAUGAAGCAGGACGGUGACGGGGUAGAUCGCGGACUAGAGAAAACUAAAACUAUAGGGAAGCUUCGAAUACAGAUCACUAUAUAGUCGUAUGCACAUGGAAUAUAGCCUCGUGAAAUGAAGAUUCAUUCUGCGAGAUACCUAAAUACAAGGGAAUCGCUCCUCGAAAUCUUUCUGAACAACUUUAGGUAUUCACUCGGCAAAAGAAUAAAUACAACUCUAAAUGGCUAACUUCAGAUGACUCUUUGACGAGCUCUUAAUUAAUUGCAGGAAAAAGCAAUGAAAAACAAGGUUGGCUUUCCGAAGCUCUGUGCCAAUGAAACUUUACUGAACGAGUAUUACAAAGAUGUAAGUACCGUUGACGCAACUUUGGAACGUGUAUAAGUUGCGCGCACCUUAGGACCCAGUCCCCCCACUGAGGUGGGGGGGAGUGUCGAAGAACUUUGCCUGUGUCAUGAAAAAGUUUACGUACUCUUCCCGAUUAGGCUCUGUAAUAUUCUAAUGAUCUCCUCUCAUUCUACCCCCACCCCUCUCUCCAAAUAAUUAAGGAGUGGUCCCUUUUCAUUCAGUUCCUGAAGCUUGUUUGGCUUGACAUUAAAAAGAUUGAUUUCAUUCCGUUGUCAUUAUUUGUUUUAAGGUUAACGUUAGUCGCAGUAAUUAUUUUAGAAAUGCCUUAGAUGUGGGGAAAUGGCGAACACACUCUCAAUUUUCGAGACUCAAGACUCCAGUUGACAAAGAACAGUAAGUAGCUACCAAUUAAGUAGUGGGACACUAAACUUCGUUGCCAUGAGGUCCUCAUGUUACGGCGUGCGAGCGUUAGACGCGAGAGCUUGGUAAAGAGCGCAGUGAUAUCUGCGUCAAAAGGUCCAGCAUGUAGCCUUGGCUACUGUUGUUCGUUGUUAUCUAUCUUUGUUUAGUUUACGAUUUCUAUCGAAUUUCUUUUCCUCUAGUUGGGAGACGCGGUUGCUUCCUAGUUAGUAUGCUGAACUCCGAGUCGACAGUUUCGGGUUUGAGACCAAGCUCUGUAAUUGUAUUGUGUUCUUGAGCAAAAUACUUUUCCCUCACAAUGCCUCUCUCUCCACCCAGGAAUGUACAUGGGUACUGGCGAAUUGACAGGGAUGUCUGGUGAAAUCCUGGGGGGUGAUGGAAUGGCAUCCCUUUCAGAGGGGAGUACUGAUACUCCUAGUCGCCUCAUAAUAUGGAAAGCGAGAUGAACUCCGGCUUGAUUGACCACUUGGUUCGAGUACCUGUCUUUACUCCCUUUCCUUUUUUUUUUACUUGUAUACAGAAGCCAAUGUAAUGCCAUGUUUAACUUCUGCCUCUCCUUUGUCUCACCCAAUUUUUUUCAUUUGAUUUUCACAGAUGGUUUGUCGGCCCACAGCUGGUCAACGCUUUUUACCUGCCUAAUAGAAACGAAAUAAGUAAGAAUCGUUGUAGGAAAAAGCAGUGUGCGUGUUCUUUGUUUUCCUUUUUUUAAAAUUUCCUUGAAACUACUUCAGUGCUAGAAAAAUAUCAAAUGAAGGAGGUGUAUUGGGGUGUUCAACGGGUAGUACAGUAACUGAUGAAGCCCUUGCGUAUCAUUCAAUUUAGGGACCAAGUAAGAACGAUCCCAAUAUCAUUUUGUUUCAAAGUCUGUGUCAAACUCCAGUUGUUCAUUGAAGUUAACCAAACAUUUCUUUUUAUUCAUGAUCGACUAGACAUCCUGGCAGGAAUUCUGCAGCCUCCAUUUUAUUACGGACGAAAAGCACCCAGGUAUGAAGGUUUUAUGUAAGGGCGUGUUAGUCAAGCAGAGGCAGCGCGUGGAAAGCGCAACACAAACUUGAAACGUGCACGAAGGGCAAAUCACGCGCAAGAGGAUGAGCUCAAAAAAAAAAAGAUCUGAUUUGACCAAAGCUUAGCUUUCCGUAAACACUGAUAUAAAAAAAUUCCAAACCAAACAUCAUCGUUGUAUAUGUCAUUUGCAGACAGUACCCCUAUCAUUUAUUCAGGAGCAAGGUUUCGUUUUAAAUUAUCUAGGCUCUAACCUUUCAUAUCUCACACUUUUAGGGCAGUCAACUUUGGAGCAAUAGGAAUGGUUCUUGGUCAUGAGCUUUCACACGGGUUUGACGCAAUAGGUCAGUGGCAGAUUACACACAGACGCUGAACUACAAAAUUUUGAUGCCGAGCAUUUAAUUAGAUUAAAAAAUGGCGAUUAAGGCAGUUUUCAUUUUUCAGUCAAAAAGCCUCGUUCUCGCGCCUUUAUCUCAGCACCAGAUCUCUGACUCAUGAGAACAGGGAAAGAAGCUAUUAGUUCGCGAAACAGAAAUCGAAUGAUACUUACAUAUUACGGUUGACAUCCAGAGUUGUAUCCAAGAAAUGAUAUGGUGUAAUUUGAUUAAAAUAAUCGUCAACAGAUUGUGGGUUUCAGUGAAGAACGACUACAUUAAGCAGGUUGCCAUUCACGGUAACUAACAUACGUUUCUUAUACCAGGGAGAUAUUUCAACGAAAAUGGAGAGAUAACAGGCGAUUGGUGGACUGCAGAUACUUCAAAAAAGUUCGAAGAGAAGUCAAAGUGUUUCGUCGAUCAAUACAACAAAUACUCUGUGGACGGCGAAAAUGGUCCAAUACAUGUAAGUUUUGAUGGAAUGAUAACCUAAAAAAGCAGAGAAGUCGUUAAUUUAAUGGAUAUCAGCGCCACUGUAGCUUGCCAGCUCUUGAGACUUUUAAGGUUCUUCGAGAAAGAUCUUUGCGUUCGAAUCCCGGAAAGGUACUCGUCUCUUGGAUUCAUACUUAUAAUAUUUGUUGUUUUGGUGCUUGUGGAACUUUUUAGAAUACUGUUUGUUAACAUUUUAAAAAAGCAAUAUUUUAUAUGAAAACUGCUCAUCACAUUUUAAUCAAGUCUAAAUAAACAAUGUCUCCUAGAAAUGAUAUGAAAGAAUUUUCGCAUGAGACUGGUUUCCAAUAAGUUGUAAAAGAGAUUUCAAAUGCAGUAUAAUUUCAAUCGAUAAUUCUUUUAAGUAAUACUCUUUCAAACUUUUUAACUGAUCCAAAGUGCUCUUCAAUUGUAUUUAUGAUCUACCUUUCAAACAGAUUAAUGGAGAGCUCUCUCUGAGUGAAAACAUCGCCGACAAUGGAGGAAUCAGACUGGCUUACUGGGUAAAUUUUUUGGUUACAUUGAUAACAAAUCAAUUCUUUGAUAAUGAGUUUCUCUUAGAAAGGCAUCGCAAGUUAUUCUAAAAGUGGAAAGAACCAAGCCAUACAACAGUCAAGCCUAUCCCCUCUGUUCAAUAGGAUCGAUUUUAAAAACGUAAACACACCUCUUUUCCCCGUUUCUUGGUGAUUUGUUUGAACAAAAGAAAGCUACAAAAAAGAAACCUCGGCUCGAAAAAUUACCCUUUGUAAUGACCAGAACAAAAGCUGUCUGUGAGGUGCGUCUUUUUGUUUUCCUGUGCGGCCAGGCCUCUUAACUGUUUUGGAAAUUGCAGUGUCUUUAAUCGAUUCUUUGGCAAAUCAGAAGAAAAUGUUCAAACGGUUAGUUUUAACUUCGAAAUCUCAAACCGCGACAAAAAAAUUUCCGAUGCUUUUUAAAUGCAAGUAAUCAGUGAUGAGAAUCAUAUGGUUGGCGCAAUUUUUUACGGUUUGAAAAUUCUGGUUAAUGAGAAUGAAUGUGAUCUUAUAGGUUUUGUUCUUAACAACAGGGAUACAAGGACUGGGUUAACAAAAAUGGUCCUGAACUUCGGCUGCCCGGCCUCAAUAUGACAAAUGAGCAGCUCUUGUUCGUUAGCUUCGCUCAGGUAAAGAUCUGGAUUGAAGUAUUUGAAGUGUUCAAAAUUCUUUGAUGAGACACCCUCUGCGGUCUAGGUCCCUCUUUUUUCGGUGAAGUACGUCGCACGAGUCAAACAAAAACAAGCGUGAACAAUAAAUUGAUGUUCGCGCUUUACUUUUACAGCAUCCUCUAUCAGCAAUUUGAAAAUUAUUGUAAAAUAAAUUGUUACAGGGCAGCAGUUUCAGCGGCCACUCUCCCCUCCCCCCCCUCCCCCUCAAAUCGGAAAGGGUCCAUACUCCAUCCUUUUCCUGCUUAAAAACGUAACAAGCUCGUCAUUUUUUAACCAAUAAGAUCAUAGAGAGGUAACAUUUUGGGGUAUAUUACAAUAACAUGGGAAAUCUUUCAUUCUCGACAGAUGUGGUGCAGUGCAUUUACUCCGUCAGCUGCCUAUGAACUAGCAACAACAGACACUCAUACCCUGGCUAAUUACAGGUACAUAUACACGAAGGGAAAUAGAAAGAAAUUCGCCUGUAACAAGGGGAGGGGGGAGGGGGUAGACCGAACAGGUAUGUAAAGGAAAUGAAAUUCGAUGAUUCUUUGAUCCUUUGUUUGUUUGUUUAUUUGUUUUUUUGUUUCUAGGGUUAUCGGUUCUCUUUCAAAUAUGAAAGAGUUCUCUGACGUCUUCAAGUGCCCCUCUGAUAGCAGGAUGAAUCCUGAGAAGAAAUGCAAAAUAUGGUAAAACACUUAAAGGGACCUUUUCAAACUGAGAUCUCAACUCUUUUGAAAUGUCCCUAGACGGACCAAUUUUGUUCGAGAUUUAAUCUUGCUAAUGCGGUAAACGAAAUAUGUUAAGUAAUAACAUAGUUUUUAAGUUUUUUUUACCAAUUUAAUGCGACAAGAGAAUAUCAGUUUAUAAUCUGUUGGAUGGGAAUAUUUCAGUAUACAUUCAUUUCGCUGUGCUAUAGUUUAGAAAAUAAGUUGUUAGGUCGAUUUUCUGUCCUGAAGCUGACAAUUUUCUCAGUACUCAUCAAUUAUACGCGAUCUACAAGGACAAAAUAUGCAGAAAUUUAAUACUGUCUCAAAUGACACUUUUGGUUAUGAUCGUUAAACAACAAUUGUAUAUUUUCAUUUCUAUAUUCAAGUAGCUUCAAGAAACGAAAGUACGGGCUUCUACUCCCAGAGCUACGUGAAUAAUUGCAAUUGCAAUUAGACUCCUUGCUAAGAAACAUACUUUUUGUCCAACACAACUUAAAUAAGGGUUUGCGACUUAGCUUGAUUGCUUAUUUUUCAUAAAAAAGAAGCUAGUUCGAGUAUUAAAUACAUGCUUAAUAACUAGAAGUAUUACAGUUAUUUUAGCAGUUUUACUUUAGAGCAGACCGGUUAGAGUUUUUUGUUUUGUCCUUUCGUGGCAUUUAUGCGAAGUCAACGUUCGCCGGCGAACGAUUUGUUUUGGGAUGACCUAAAGAAAUAGUAAUUACUUUUUAUUCUUUGGGAGUGAAUAAUACUACUACAGCUUGUGUCUAAGCAGAGUGGAUUAUAACUUGUUAGGCUUAGUUUCUACAAAACUGAAUAUAAACAUUACCAUUUUAUACUUUGUCAUUGCGCUACAUUUCUGCAUAGCAGCGUCUACAUAUUCUGAGGCUAUCAGUUUUCGUAAGAUCGCCGGGCUGGGGAAUAGAAGAAGGAGAACUGGGAAAGAGGGCGAUUUCAAGUCGAAGAGAAAACAGGCUUAAAAUAAUUCUCCCCAUAAUCCACUCUUAAACGAGAAACGAACGUUCCGCGAACGUGGAGACAAGUAACGACUGGCAUUGAAAGCGCU